CUAAACAGUUGGUGGCACAACUGUCACAGAGUAUUCAGACCUGUAACUCACAGCUGACAAACAUCAGGUGGAUGUGAGGAGAUGUGAAGAUGACACAAUGAUAUCAAAGAUGUGUCAGCUUGUCUUGGAUUACAUUCCUGGUGAACUCUGCAUGGAAAUACUCCUCAGACAACCCAUGAUGGAAUACUAACAACAUUAAGCAUCCACUUGUCAGCACUGACAAGAACCGCACAUACUACAACAACUUCGUGUCCUGAGGAGUGAGUUUUGGCGAGGACACCUUCCACAAUGAAAGACCGCCUGGAAGAGCUGCAGCAGAGCGCUCAAGAGUUUUCUGAGGCAGCAAGUGAGAAUACCAAUCCUUUCUCAGGAGAGAGUGAUAAUGAUGACUCUGUGGUGGUCGGGGUCAUCACGCCACAGGCUGUGUUGUUCGAGGAAGAGCCAAUCAUUGAGAAUUUCUUGUCUGAGGCCCAGCAAAUACGAGAUGACAUCACAGUGCUGGAGACAGAGGUCCUUAAGUUCACCCAGCAGCAAAAGACCCUGGUGGCCACCAUGCGUCGUUUCAGUGUGAUGAAGAAAGAGAGCAGCAUAACACGAGACAUCAAGCUCCAGGCCGAAAGCCUCCACCGACGUUUAGAUGCCCUUUCAAAACAGGUCCAAAGAACUGAGGACCAGCAGGGACCUACAGCUGUUACAACGAGAAUACAACACUCCCAGCAUGCAGCACUCCACCUCAAGUUCCAGCAGGUAAUGCGGCAGUAUAAUGAAGGUCUGCUGACAAAGCAGGAGCGCUGUAAGUACUUUAUUAUCCGGCAGCUGGAGGUAUCGGGAAGGGAUGUGGCAGAGGAGGAGGUAAAUGAGAUGGUCGCCACAGGAAAAUGGGAGGUCUUCAACGAGAACCUGCUGAAUGAUGCCAGAAUCACACGGUCACAGCUGUCUGAGAUCGAACAGCGACACAAGGAGUUGUUGAGCCUGGAGAACAAUAUGAAGGAGCUGCGGGACCUGUUCAUGGACAUUUUCAUGCUGGUGGAGGAACAGGGGGCCUACAUUGAACACAUCCAGACCAAUGUAGAGAGGACACAGGACUAUGUGGCUGCGUCUAAUGAGAAGUUCAAGCUGGCCGCCAGGUAUAAGAAGAAGAACCCACUUCGACAGCUGUGCUGCUGCUGCUGCCCUCCCUGGAGAUGCUGCUUAUAGCACAUAUGUAUUUUUUUACGUCAAUGGUUCUUCCAAAUAAUGUUUUAUUUUGAAAGUCUCACUUACCUGUUGGGAAUUAGCAGCACUACGUUCAGGCACCAUUAAAGUGAAGGUUAUGGUGCUGCAGGUUUUGAACACAGCAGCGGUGAAGACAGAUUCAGCGGAGCAUAGAAAACAAUUAGGGGGGGAAGGGCCAGAAUUGGUAUUUGAGGCACUUGUUUCUUUCAAGAGGAUGUGAGGCGACCACUAUUGGAGGAGACAGUUCAGUGAGUGCUACUCACCAACACUGCUGCUUAUUGGAGACCUUCACUGUCAUCUGACAGAGGUCACAAACAAGGGGAGAUCACUGCCUCUGACACUGCAAGAUCAGCAAGACUGAUAUUUUACUUUUUUUUUUUUUUUUUUUUUUCCCAAAGAGCCUCACAUCUUUUUUUUUUUUUUUCUUCUUGUGCCACAGGAGCUCUUGUGAAUGGCCAUGUAUUUUAUACAGUAUAUGCACUUUAAGACUAAUCUAUACACUUUUCUCUGUUCUUUCCAGCAGAAGUAUACACAGCACACAAGCGUAAUGUGGUGGAGAAAGAUUCUCUUUCUGAUGGGUUUCGAGUCACUACAUAUUCAUUUCAUUUUUUUGGUCCACAUGCUGAUGAAAAAAAAAAAGGACUUGUUUUACAAUUAGUCAUUAAUCUCAUUUGCAUUUCAAAGUCUGAUCAUUUUCAGUGAAAAAAUGUUAUUAAUUUAUUCACUUUCACCGAGGCGGCAUUCAAGUAAAACUCUGAAUAACAAGCCUUGAUCAAAAUAUUUCUGUCAUGAUGACAAAACUGUAGAGAACCAUUGAAGUCAUUUGUUCAAAAAAAAAAAAGGUAGAAGAUUUUUGAAGUCUUGCAUUUCAGGAAAAUAUUUAACUUCUCAUGAUGUUUUGUAUUUUGGAGUGCAAUGGCAAUUCAUAAUUCUGUUGGAACUGUUACACUGCUCAGAUAAAAAUUUCUGGGAUA